AUGGCUAAUUACGGUCAACGUGCUCCAACGAGAACCCGUUCAGGAAUUGGCACGCGGGAAAUGAUCAUGUUCAAUCCAUAUCUCCUUCGUCACUCCGAGAAUGUCUACAAUCCAGACGUAGGGCAUCAACGGCAGACGACAAUGGCUCCUGCUCCCGAGUUGGCUUCCAAGGAAUUCAAUAAAGUUGUUGAUCAACUGUGGAAAGAGAAAAAGGAUGACUAUAUCGAUUCACCGGAACAGUUUUUUAACGACAUCAACGAAAUGUUCGAGGAUAGAAAACUGUUCAUCUCAUUACACACCUCGGAAGUUUUGCCUGGUUAUCUCGUUUCUGCUCGGUGUAUGGUGCAAAAUACGCUUGCUCCAGAGUAUUUUCCGUUGAGUUGCACCGUUUCGGAUGGAACAGAGAAGAUUGAAACAACUGGUUGCCUUAGAGAUCAUUUUGGUGAAAAUAUCACGGACGUUGUUGAUCAUGGUAAUCACGGCUGCCGAAAUUGCUAUAAAAUGAUCAUGGUACCCGGAGCUGCUGAUUGGUGGAUUGAUGAGUUCAACCAAACUCACACUACCGCUUUAUGCAAGAACGAUGAAGAUCAGAUGGAUGUUGAAUCACCAGGACCUGCUCCUACCAAAGUGUCAGAGUUCAUAGCUAAGGUUUUUGACAACGGCGCGCCUGAGUUGAAACCAAAUACUGUUGUGGAUGUCUAUGGCUACUUAUCUGCGCCCAUCCACUCGAACAGUGACAGCGAAGGAUCGACGGCAGCCCCAAACCACUUCAGUGUGCACGUGUUGCGGUUUAAAGAAGUUACUCAUAUUCCUUCAACAGUAACAGAACCACGUACCCUACCUGAGCUAUGCUCUCUCCGUUCUGAAAUUGUCAAGGAAAUCUCAUCAGUGCUUGGCAGUUCUGCUGCUGCAGACAUUUUUGUUAAUUUUCUAGUAUCAACCACGUACUCUCGUCCCGGUGGGACUCCUCUCUGUUUCCUACCUCUAAAUAUUGUUGGAGUUGCUGAUGAGGAAUCUGCUGGUUCUAUCAUUAGCAUGGUCAAACAUCUCAUACCCAAGGUGAAGGUGUUAACCCUUACACCCGAUUUGUUGUGCAAGAAAAGAUUCGCUCCCGUGAAAAACUAUGAAGCUGACGAUCUCCUGCAGGGAGAGUUACAGUUGAGCAAUGGGACUGCCCUCAUUAUUGACGAAACUCAGCUGCCUGUGGGGUCAUUCCCAGUUAAUGGCUUCGUUGAGGAGAAUCUAAAAGUAUUGGAAGAUCUCAUUGUUGACCACCGGAUGCAUUAUGAUUAUGGCUUCUACAAAAUACCUAUGGAUGUCGACUACAAUGUAUUGAUAUUAUCGAAGAAGGAAUCGAGGUUUUUCAAGACUCCAUUCCGAAUUCCACUUGGAUCCUCUGGUGAGAUUCCUCCUUCAUUUGGAAAUAUUGAACAUAAACGCCAGUUCAUUCAACAGAGCCGUGUCAGUGUUAGCAAGGUCUCACUCAAGGACGAGGUUUCUAAGAAAAUCCAGGACAGUUUUGUUAGUAUGUGUUCUAGCUUGGACGCAAAGACAGAUAAGGCAGCACUUUUGAAUGAAAUGUUGAUUAUGUCGCGGUUAGUGGCUUCCUCGAAUGGCAGUGAAAGCGUCGAGUUCAAACACUGGGAACAUGCUAUUCAGAUCUCGUCAGCAAAUUCGGUGCUUAGCAUUGUGUGGAGUACCCAUCAAUACACUCUCAUGGUGCGUUUUGGUACCCUUCUUGCCGCAACAUUUCUAUAUGUAAAUGCCAACUGCCCACCUGGUUACACCGAUGGAAAUAACGAUAUCUGCUAUAAGGUUUACAGUAACCACUCCAACUAUUUCGAUGCCUCCUCUCAAUGCGAUAGUGACGGUGGUCGACUAGCAUCCAUUCAUAAUGCAUUUGUUGACCUUAUACAACAAAUGGCUGAAAAAGCAGCUUCUUUGGUUUGGUUAGGUUUAAGAUGCCCAGAUGCUACUGUCAGUAACUGCAAAUGGGACGAUGGUCAAGGAGCUCCAUAUCCUUACAAUGCAUUCCUCCAAGGUAAUCCAAGCAUAACUGGUGAAUGUGUGCUUAUGAUGAUAAGUGGAAAAGCCGAUGGACAAUGGAUUAGUGGCGAUUGCGAUAAUAUGCAGAUUGGAUUUGCAUGCCAAAUGGGGAAGCAAGGUAACUCUCCCCCUCCGCGGUACUUCGAUCGAUGCACGAUGUACAACAGUGUUGAGCUGCACCAGUGGAUCAAGACGACUGUAGAAAAAUCUAAAUAUUCGGAAUCACUCUUUAUUUUUGCUAUUGUUCCAUCAUGCGGUGACUACAACGAAUACGGAGGCAAAUGUUACAAAGCGUAUGAUGAACGGUUAUCCUACGAUGCUGCUGAGUCGUUAUGCAACGGUGAAUGUGGUCAUCUUGUAUCUAUUCAUAGCCUGAAUGAGAAUAUGAUGGUUUACGAUUUGUUGCCGAACAACGAAAAUUAUGCGAGGAUCGGCCUUAAGCAUUCGGACGUGUCAUUCGCGUGGUCGGACAACACCACUUAUGACUACGACAACUUUGGAAACUCUAACCCCGCUUUCGGUGAUUGUGUAGCCAUGUCAUUGAUUCCCGAACUAGUCGAAAAGGAGCGAUGGAUCACUAUUUCAUGCACAGUAGAAUUGCCUUUUGUGUGCGAAAGAGCACAAGGAGCCUGCCUCGGUCCAGCGACUACCUCCGUCCCAACACUAGCUCCGCCUACCUGCAAUGGCGCCUAUUUCAUGGAGGAAAACGGCACUUUUUAUUCACCUGGUUACCCAGCAUCUUACCACGAUUAUAAAACGUGCAUCUACGUCAUGACAGUCACCCCAGGGGACUUGGUGCAGAUUCAUUUCGUGGAUGUACAGCUCAGCGCUCCGAGCAUCAUCGAACUCUAUAACAAUUUUGCCGACGUCGACCCUUUCGAAAUAAUAAGCUCAGAUAUCCCUUCUACUAAAUAUUUCGCAUCAACAACAAACGUGAUGAAGAUGGCUUUUGUAGCUGGAAAUAAUGGGUCUGCAAUCAACAGAUGGGAAGCAGUAUUUUCAUCGAAAAGCAAAACAGUCACUACUAUCUCCACAGUCACUGUAACACCGUCGCCCUUGAAUCCAUCAGGAUGCAACGAAAAUUCCGUUGUUCCUUCUAAUAUCACCAGUCCGAGAUAUCCCGCCAAUUAUCCUCCUCUUACACAAUGCCGCUACCAGCUGACCAGCGACUCAUCCCACAGGAUUCAGUUGACAUUUGGAGCAAUAGACACGGAACAGUGCUGUGAUAUCAUCGACGUCUAUGAUUUCGAUGGAUCUCCGUACUAUCCGCUAUUGGAUAGGUUCAGUGGACAAAUCGCUGCAGGUGCUAAGGUGUUCAAGUCGUCGAUGAAUCAGUUGUUUGUGGAUUUUUAUUCGGACUCGAUUAAUCAAAGGAGUGGAUUCACGGCUGUAGCGGUUCCUAUUUUGUGA